AUGCCAGCCAUUUCAAAGAAACCGGCAACAAGACCGAAGAAGUACCACUGCGAUUUUGAAGGGUGUCUCAAGGCGUACUCAAGACCAUGUCUAUUGGAACAACACAUCAGAACUCACUCAAAUGAAAGACCUUUCAAAUGUGGUCAAUGUGGCAAGGCGUUCUUUCGUGAUUCACACCUCAAAGUACAUCUGUGGACCCACUCAUCUGAUAAACCUUUGAGGUGUGAAAUUUGUUCAAAAGGCUUUGUAACAAGUCAACAGUUGGGCCGUCAUGUAAAGACACACUCAAUUGAUGAAUUUAAAUGUCCAUAUGAAUGUGAUGAAUCAUUUCCUACAAACGAUAAAUUGAGUGAGCAUAUGUUAUCAACACAUAUUAUGAGUGAUUUUGUUGAUGCAAACACCCAUCAAAUGAAGACUGAUGAAACUUUAAACAUGUUAAGAGACCAGCUAGAUUACUCAGGUAUAAGAGGAAUACCCACGUUUGAGGUCUACACUAGUCCAACACCAAAAGCUGGUGAUAUUGAUGAUGGAUCGAACGGAUACAAAACUGUGAGCAGUACUAGUACAGAUGCCUAUGAUAAUCUCAACCUAUCUAAGGGGAAAACGUUUUGGGACAAUUGGGAUGAUCAUCAUUGUAAAGAACCAAAUUGUAAAGGUUACCCAAAAUACAACUCUUUCCAGGAUUUGAUUUAUCAUUAUGAUGAAUAUCACAGUUUCAUUCCUGAAUCAUUAUUUGAAGCAUUUGAGUCCAACCCCGAAGAAUCAUCAACUGGUAGGUUUUCAAAUGAGUGGAAUCUAUAACUAAAGCUGCAAUCAGUACUUCACAGCAAUGUCUAGAACAAAUCUGCAAUGGGAUUUGACUAUGAUGGGGUGUUACAAGCCUCAUAACUGCAUCAGAUACGCUUUUACCUUAGAUCCCGAGUUAAAUUAUUAAAGCC